AUGGCCGGCCUUCAAAGUGGCAACGUCGACUGUGACAGCCACCUGAAGAAGGCUGGAAGGAGUUUAAUUUUGAGAUCUCGUGUCUCCUUUGAGAAUUUUCUCUUUCCCUAUCAUGUUUUGGGCCGGUUUGGAUGUAGCUGGUCCCGCGAACGUUCUACUUUUUUUGGAACCUGGCAGCGGCCACUGUGCUUGGAGCUGCGCCAGAUAAUUUCAAUCCAGUGGUGGUUGGGUCUUCGAACUUUGCAUUUGCGGUCGGAGAACACCACCAUCGAGAUCGUUAUCGGGGGUCUCGGCUACCAGAAAUUAUGGGACUGGCCUAUCAUUGUGGUUAUUGGAUAUGGUUUCAGUGGCCUUUGUGUGACCGCAGUUCCUACAGUUGCGGUUGCGUACACCGUUGAUACUUACAAAUCCAUAUCAGCGGAAAUGCGGUCGUCGUGA